AUGAAGAAGAAAGCGGGAGACUUAGCCAUGGAACAAGACAAGAACCUUGGAGGAGCAGAAGGUGAAGAAAGAUAUGAAGAGCAGGGAAACAAGGAAGAGGCAAACAACAAAGAAAGACGGAGAAGAAGACAGAGAGGAAAAACCCAAUAUCGACAAGAUAAAGAUAGUGACAAACAAACAGAGUCUGAGAAUGAUAGGAGAGUUGAAGGAGGCAAUAGCAGAUUGACAGAAGUCAGAGAUGCUGGUGAUAUUGUUGGAGCUGUUGGUGUUGCUGGAAAUGGUGGUGGAAUUGUUGGUGAUGCUGGAGUUGUUGGUGGUAAUGCUGGAGUUGGUGGUAAUGCUGGAAUUGUUGGUGAUGCUGAAGUUGCUGGAGGUGAUGUUGGAGGUAAUGCUGGAGUUGGUGGAGGUGAUGUCGAAGGAAAUGCUGGAGUUGGUGAAGAUGAUGCUGGAGGUGAUGUUGAAGGAGUUGUUGGUGUUGAAAGAGGUGUUAGAGGUAAUGCUGGAGUUGGUGGAGGUAAUGUUGGAGGUAAUGCUGGAGUUGAAGGUGAUGCUGGAAGUGAUAUUGAAGGAAAUGCUGGAGGUGAUGUUGGAGGUAAUGUUGGAAGUGACGUUGGAGAUAAUGCUGGUAGUGAUGUUGGAGGUAAUGCUGGAAGUGAUGUUAGAGGUAAUGCUGGAAGUGAUGCUGGAGGUAAUGCUGGAAGUGAUGCUGGAGGUAAUGCUGGAAGUGAUGCUGGAGGUAAUGCUGGAAGUAAUGCUGGAGGUAAUGCUGGAAGUGAUGUUGGAGUUGGAGGAGGUGAUGCUGGAGGUGAUGCUGGUGUUGGUGGAGGUAAUGUUGGAGGUAAUGCUGGAAGUGAUUUUGGAGGUAAUGUUGGCGGCAACGCUGGAGCAGGAGGAGGUGAUGAUGGAGGUGAUGUUGGAGGUAUUAUUGGAGGUGUUAAAGGUGUUGUUGGAGGUGAUGCUGGAGUUGCUGGAGGUUAUGUUGGAGGUGGUAUUGGAGGUAAUGUUGAAGGUGACACUGGAGGUAAUGUUGAAAGUGGUACUGGAGGUAAUGUUGAAGGUGGCACUGGAGGUAAUGUUGAAGGUGGUACUGGAGGUAAUGUUGGAGGUAAUGCUGAAAUUGGUACUGGAGGUAAUGUUGGGAGUAAUGUUGAAGGUGGCACUGGAGGUAAUUUUGAAGGUGGUAUUGGAGGUAAUGCUGUAGGUAAUGUUGAAGGUGGUACUGGAGGUAAUGUUGAAGGUAAUGUUGAAAGUGGUACUGGAGGUAAUGUUAAAGGUGGUACUAGAGGUAAUUUUGAAGGUGGUAUUGGAGGUAAUGUUGGAGGUAAUGCUGAAAUUGGUACUGGAGGUAAUGUUGGGAGUAAUGUUGAAGGUGGCACUGGAGGUAAUUUUGAAGGUGGUAUUGGAGGUAAUGCUGUAGGUAAUGUUGAAGGUGGUACUGGAGGUAAUGUUGAAGGUAAUGUUGAAAGUGGUACUGGAGGUAAUGUUGGAGGUAAUGUUAAAGGUGGUACUAGAGGUAAUUUUGAAGGUGGUAUUGGAGGUAAUGUUGGAGGUAAUGCUGAAAUUGGUACUGGAGGUAAUGUUGGGAGUAAUGUUGAAGGUGGCACUGGAGGUAAUUUUGAAGGUGGUAUUGGAGGUAAUGCUGUAGGUAAUGUUGAAAGUGGUACUGGAGGUAAUGUUGAAAGUGGUACUGGAGGUAAUGUUGGAGGUAAUGUUAAAGGUGGUACUAGAGGUAAUGUUCACGGUGGUACUGGAGGUAAUGUUCAAGGUGGCACUGGAGGAAAUAUUCAAGGUGAUACUGGAGGUAAUGUUCAAGGUGGUACUGGAGGUAAUGUUCAAGGUGGUACUGGAGGUAAUGUUCAAGGUGGUACUGGAGGUAAUGUUGGAGAUAAUUCCGGUGUUGCUGGAGCAUUUGUUGGAGGUGAUGAAAGAAUUUCUAGAAUUAAUAUUAAUGGUGACACUGAAGUUGAUGGGGGUGAUGUUGGAGUUGAUGGGGGUAAUGUUGGAGUUCAUGGGGAUGAUGUUGGAAUUCAUGCGGAUGAUAUUGGAGGGGAUGUUGGAGUUGCAGGAAAAGUUGGAAAUGAUGGAGGUAAUGGUGGUGAUGAUGUUGGAGUUGACAGAGGUAAUGUUGGAGGUGAUGCAGUAGAUGAUGUUGAAGAUGGUGUUGAUAGAGGUGAUGCUGGAGAAAAUGGAGGUGGUGUCGGAAGUAAUGCUGGAGGUAGUGUUAGAGGUAAGAGAGGUGAUGUUGGCAAUGAUGCUGGAAUAGGAGAUGCUCCAGUUGACAGAGAUGCUGAAAGUGAUGUUGGAGGUGAUGAUGGAGGAGAUGGAGGGAAUACUGGAGUUAAUGUAGGGGAUUUUAAUGUAGAUGGGCCUAGAGAUGGCGUUGGAGAUGUUGCUGGAGUUGAUGUUGGAGGUAAUGAGGGAGCUGAUGUCGUAAGUGCUGUUGGAGAUGAUGGUGGAGGUGGUGAACGCACUGGAAAGGGGAGUGCAAAGCACAAGGCUCAACAGGGUGGAAAGAGCAGAAGCAGAGAACACUCUAUAAAACGCAUACGAGGCGAACAAACAACGGAUGAAGGUCGUUUUCGAGAGAGAACGGGGAAACCUAAAGAAGGUGUCAGAGAACUGGAACGGAAGGAUGGUCACAAACUAGAUCGAACGAACAACGGAAAAAGAGAAAAUUAUAAAAACAUCGAAAAAGGAGAAGGUUUUCGGACUCUGGAAGAAAAAGAUGGCCGAGCGCAAGUACGGGAGGAGGAUGGCCGAAGGAGAAGAACAAAUGGUCAAAUAGAAGAGGAUAAUCGAAUGAAGGAAAAGGCCCAUGGAAUGAAAAAACGAGAAACCAAAGAGAAAGAAAGAUUAAGCGAUCGCGGAACAGAAAUAAGCAGCAACAACAAAACAACACGGAAAUACAAUAACCGAAGUGAACUGGAGUACACUGGAUCAAACUACAAUAAAAUUGAGGGAGAUAAUUACGAACCCGAUGAACAAACUGAUUACGAAAGUGAGGCAAGAAGUUACGAGUCGGAUGUGGAGAUCCAAGGACGGAGUGUUGCAGGGGAUGAUGAAGCGAACGUCAGGCGCACUAAAAACUACGAAAGAUUGGUCGAGGGACUCUCUGAACCAGAAGAAAUGCAUAAAACUGGAAGAAAUGACGGUGGUAGAAGGAAACUGAGCUAUGGCCGAGCAGUCAGACAUGACAAAACAUUACUGAAUAAUCAUAGGAUGGAAGAAACUAAUAAUCGAACAGGGCAACAAAAGUAUUGGCGAAGAAGAGAGGAUGGUGAAGCAGAUGACCAGGAUAAUAGCCGAAUAAUACUAAAAAUGGAUGGGCGAAAGGGAGAGGAUGGUGGAAUAGAUGACUGGAAUAAUGAUCGACUAGAACAACGGUAUAAUAAUAGAAGAGGGAACACGAGGUAUGAUCAGUCGAAAGAAAGGAAUGAUGGGAGGUUGAGAGGAGAGGACAGUCAAAUGGAAGAAUGGAAUACUGGUCUAACAGGAGAAGGUGAAGACCGUCAAACAGAAGAACGAAAAAAAGAACGAAUGCUUCAACAGAAGAGAAAUCGAAGUGUAGAACAAAUAGAAGGUCAUAUAAUGGAACCGAUGGAUAUCACAACCAAAGAAGAAAAUCGAACACUACAACGUAAAGAUCAAACACUAGAAUGGAAGGAAAACGGAAUAAGAGGAGAAAAUAAUAUAAUAGAACAAAAGAAUGGAAGAAGAGAAAUUAGAAGAAAGGGAGAUAAUAAAAUAAUACUAGGGAAGGAGAGCCGACCACUAGACCAUCUGGAGAACAGAUAUAAAGAAAGAAUAACAGAAGGAAAAGAUGGUCGAUCAGCAGAAGGAAAAGAGAUCAGAAUAAAGAAGGGAGAGAAUGAUCGAAAAGAAAACGGAGGAAACUUUAGAACAGGAAAAGAAGACGAUGAAACUGCGCAAAAGAACGUAAACCGAGGGAAAGAACGGUAUGUCAAGAAGAAAGACAGAACGAGAGAUGACGAAACAGAAAGAAACGAAGUAAAUGAAAAAUCACUGAAAUACAGAAUGCAACGAGAAUUAAGAUACACGGAAGCAGACGAAGACGAACUAGGGGGAGGAAGAUAUGACGAAACAGGAGAUAACUACGAAGUGGAAGACGGAAAUUAUUACAAAAGUGAGGAAAUGUAUUACGGAUCGAGUGGAGAAUCAGUUAAUGAAACAAGCGAACGAGGAAGCAGAACACCGAGCAAUCAAAACAAUAAACAAACAAGCAAGAGAACAUACGGACAAAUGGGCAGGCAAAACAAGAGGCGAAAAGGUGAACAAAGGCACCAACAAAUGGAUAGAUGGAACAGUGAAAAUACAGGAGGAAGAAGUAUAAGAGAGAGAGAGGGGAACGGUGAACUCACACAUAGAAACGACAGGAGAGGAGGGGAGGAGUCAGGAAGCCGAGCAGAGACUGGCUACCUAGAGUCGAUCCCACUCAGACAACGUUACACGCUCGACAGCACUAGGUUGUGGUCACCCCGGAGGUUGACCCGCAGCAUUAGUGACACCGGUGUAGAAUACCGUGGCUCGACGCUGGAAAAGAAAAAGUGGCACCAUGGCCUCAUUCAACGUUCUGCCAGUGCUGAUCGUUUGCUCUACGCUCCUCAUCGGUGGUACUACGCUAGGAUGGCGAAACCCCCUUCAGGAGAGGAGGACCAGGACGAUGACGGGGAGGAUGAUGAGGACAGCUCGGCUCGGCAGCGGGCACUUCAGGCAGAGCGAGAAGCCAGACUAGCUGACAAGCCUGACACGGCUCUCAAGCCCAACAUUGAGAUCCUCUCCCUGGACGGUGUCAUUGGCGGGGUGGUCCAGGAUAGUGAGGGCAGACUUCUCACCUCCAGACCUGACCAGCUGGAACUCACCUACGAGAUUCGAGUUGGGGGAGACGGUCGGGGAGACAAUGAGGUUGGUAUGGUUGCCGCAAACUCUCAAGAGGCGUGGGAGUCGGACGGUGAGGAAGGUGGAGGUGCAGACGGGAGGAGACGCUCCAGGAAACACAAAGCCAAUGGUCAUUUGACAAAAGAAAAGUUGUCAUCACGGCUGAACGCGGUGCUUCAGGAGAAGACUGACGCUGAAGACCUUCGUCAGAAACUCUUCAACAAAGCCAGAAACCUUCACGAACAGAUCCUGAGAGUCAGAGAAAAGCGGCGGCAGGAAUGGUGGACAGCGUGGAUUGAUGCUCGCAGAAUCGGCACACAGCUAGAGGAGCGACAGGCAGGGCUGAGGAAUGAACUGGACUCUCUUCAUCGUCGCAUCAUCGGUUCCAUCAUCAAGCGGGAGCCUCUCAUCACGGGUGUGAAGGACGAGCCUUCCAGGAGGGCCAACUACAAGAUCUCCGUUAUACGUCUCAGGCAUGAAAUUGAAGACUUACGGAGAAGGGUGGAGGCUAUGGAGAUCAAGGUGGAGGCCGAGAUGAAGCUGAGGACACUGGCUCAGCGGGAGGUUAAGACCCUGAGAUCAGAGGUGGGGAGGAAGAAAGCCAAUGUGGCUCUCACACAGCGCGUCACCUUGCUACGCAACUCUGCCAGCCUGCCUCCAGACCUGCUUCUGCGUAUAUAGCCAUAAAACUGUCCACAUAGUUUGUAUGGAGCUCUUCGAUCUCAAACCACACAAGCACUUCAUAAGCUCAGUGUCUCUAGCCUGCCCUUGGGUAAUCUGUUGAGCACAUGUUACCUGAGCUCAGAAGUCAGCUUGCAACCAGGUCUUCCCUUCCUUGUACAUGUAGCUCUUCACCCAGGACUCCAUAAUUAUUGCAAGGUUUCAAUGGGCCAUGUGAAGGAGUCUUGAGUGUAAUGAGAUUUCUGGCAUGUAAUAUGAAUCACUGACAGCAGGACAGUGUAUGAUACACCAAUGGCUCUUCCCUGAAGAGCUGUGACUCAUAUCAGAUGAGUCUUUGUUGUGGUGAUCCUAAAACAGUGAAGCUCUUGUGACGUAGCAAGUGUUCACCGUUACCCCUCUCCUGAGUACCUAAAGCCUUCCAGUUAUUGGUCAAUAACUAAGAAGGUUAAGAUUGGGAGCAAUCAACCAGAUCUAUGAACUAAUGUGUUCCAAUUCCUUGUACAAAUAAACAUUUUAAUUUACAAGAAAAAAUCUUGCCUUAUUUAUGCAUAUAUUGCAGACAUUUCUUUAAAUACUAUUGUUAAUGAAAUAUCUCUAAAGUUUCACAUAAGAAUUCUGUAGGGAGAACAUAAAGAAAUAAAGAAAAAACUAGAUAAUGGAUUAUGUUUAACAAAAUUUGUAAUCGAGUAUCUGGAAGAAUAAGUUCUUGCCAAACCACAACUGCAGUAGCUAUGGUAAGACCUUUAGAUUUAUCAUGUAGUGGGGGUAUGAUGUACACAGUAACCUUUCAACUACUAUAAUUAUUGUUGAACAUUUACUGGGAUCAUCUAUAAAUGCAAGACUAGUCUUCUGAAGCGUGUUGCGACCUUGUAUAACUCUGUACAGUUACUGACUAAAUACUGAUAUAUUUUUUACAUACACACAAAUGCAUAUAAUUGUGUAGCAUCUCUGUGCCUGCUCUGCCCUGGUGGUGUAAAGUGAUUCCCAUCAGCUCCAGGCACAUGAGCACAAGUAUAUAUAAUAUAGAGAUAUUUGCCAUUCCUGGUAUUAUACAUAUUUUGUAGUGUUACUUAUUCAUGUUAAUGUUUAUGAAUAAAAAAAUAAAUAUGGUUACAUUCCUUGUUUUUACCAGCAAUACCAUGAACAAAAAGAAAUUUUAACUAGAUGUAACAUGUUAAUAGGGAAAAGCUGGUAGCUGGUAAUGGCAACUGUAGUGGACAAUUGACUGUUUUACUCGGAUCUUUACAAUAAUGGACAAUUCUGCAACCAAUGGGCUUUUUUUUUAUUUAUUUAUUGACUCCAUCUGAUUUGUCCCAUAUUUCUAAAGUCCAUUAAAUCAGUGAAAAUGAUUUCCAAGUGAAUUGAAAAUGUAAUAUGAACAGGUAAAAAUAAUUUAUAACACAUAUACAAGUUUGGUUAUGGAUUAUCACCAAAAAGUAUGAAAAGAAAAAUUUCAGAGGAAGCUUCUAUCGAGACAAUGUUUCGUGUAGCUCUUCACAGUGCAAAAUGUAGCCCUAAUAAGAUUCUCCUAUUAGCAUGGCCAGCUGAGAGUAGUGCAUCCAUCACAUAAGAGGACAAAGGAUUGAGCCUCUACUCCUAGCACUGAAUGACCCACAUGGGUUCUGCAUAACACAAUAUUAGUAUUAUUAUUAAUUAAUAACAAUAAUAAGUCCCAAUAAAAGCUCAUUCUGUAACUGACUAUGAAUUUGAAUACUUAAUUUAGAUAAUGGAAGUGAACAGAGGGAGGUGCCUUGAUGCUGGUAAGGGGCUCUUGAUCCAAGGAAUUGAACCUAUCGUCUUAUUCCUUGGAAUGAACUUGAUUGCCUCCCCUUCUCCCAGGCACUAUGU